UGGGCGACCAGGGUAUGGGGGUAGGUGCUAGAAAACUACAAGGGUCUUCACAAGUUACUGUUGAAAGAAACACACAGACAUGAGCUGGUUCUUUCUUGCAAAAUACUUCAGAACAAAUGGAUUCACAGGGAACACAGGGCACACUAGGCGAUGCAGCAAUGGAUCAGUACUUACAGCCGAGCAUGUCUGGCGCGCAGGAUUCCACCGCUGCUUCCCAACAAUCGGCUAGCAGUGCAACCCAAGCUGCACAAAAUGAGAUGAUGGCAUUGGAGCAAUUCAUGGCGGCUAACGCCGAUGGAAACGCAAAUAAUGCAUUUGCUCCGAUGCAAGGUCAAGGUUAUCAGGGAAAUCAAAAUAUCGACAUGGCGGCGAUGCAGCAGUUUUUGACAGCCCAGGGGAUGAUGGGCGCUAACCCUCAACCUGAACCAUCUCAAACAGACUACGGGACAUUCAUGGGCAAUUUCCAACAAUCGGGAAUGGAUAUGGGAGCCCAGUCACCUACCAUUAGCCUUGCAGACCUUUUGUCUGGUAAUGUAAAUAUGUUAGGAGGACCAACUUUUGAAUCACAAUCACCAUCAGCUUCUCAAAACGUGGCUACUUCUCAACAAUCAACGACCGAUAUGUCUUACACAUCGGGUCCAUCGUCUUUCGGCCAGUCAGAAACGUUUGGGUCAACGUCUGUCGAGACUGGCACAAUAACAGCAGGUCAGACACAAGCAAGUUCGGCAGUAGAUGUUGUAGGUACAGAUCAACAAAUAACAGCGGGUGUUGGUGCAGGUGUUCAUGCAACUGCCAAAGACCAAAUAUCUCCUGGAAUGAUUAGUGCGCCGGUUUUUGAUACGCAAGCCGCACCAGAUGUUGUACAGACCAGAGAGAAAGUCACACAAAAGCUAGUGACUGUAGAUGGAAGUGGCAAGAGUUUGAUAAACAAAAAUGAUCCAGUAGCGACCAAGCCUAUUGAAACGCCGGUGUAUCAAUCAACGACCAGCAUUCCUAAAGAUGUUGUAUCGUUCACAGAUACCGCAACAAAUGUAUCUUCCGUACAAACGACAAAUGCUGUAUCCAAAGUAGAUACCGUAAACGUUGUAUCAUCCGUAGGUACCAAAAAUGUUCCGGCAGUUGACGCAUCAGUAUCCAGCUCAAUAACAACCGGUCAGUCGUCAGUCUCAUCUUAUGUUGAUACUGGACCAAGUCAGCGAGAGUUACAGAUGAUUGCAAGGGAGAGAAAGGCACAGAAUGACAUUCAGGAACUCAUACGUCAACAAAGGGAAGAAUUAAGGCGGCUCGAAGAUCAGAAACGGGAGCAUCAGAGACAGCUCAUGCUUGAAAAGCAACGGGUUGAGUACGAAAAGCAACAGCUAUCGCUUCGAAAACAGCAGAUGGAGAUCGAGGCAAUGAGAAAGGAACAAAUUUACCAGCGUCAAUUAAUGGAGGCACAGGGAAAGCAGAUGCAAGCUGAUAGAUUAAGAAUGGAACAAGAUAGACUUGCUGCCAUUGAACUUGCAAAGAAAAAGGCUGCGGAAGAAGAACGGUUAAGGCUUGAAAAAGAAAGAUUGAAGGCAGGGCAAGAAAGACAACGACAGGCUGAAAUAGCUUUCCAGAGGGCUCAGCAAGAAAGAAUGAUGCAACUGGAGUUUCAAAAACAGCAAGAAAUAGAGUUGGCUCGCCAACAAGCAAUAGCUGAAGAGAAGAAAAGGCUUGAACAGGAACAACUAAGGAAGGCUGAAAUUGCCAAGCAAAAAGCUCUCGAAGCCGAAAAGCGACGACUCGAGGAGGAACGUAAAGAGCAAGCUGCUGCUGAGGAAGCACGCAUGUUAGCAGAAAUACAGGCAGCAAUGAUAGCUGAAGAAAAAGCAAUUGCGCUGAAAGAGCAGCUGCUGAUAAAGCGGCCAGAGAGAAGGCUGCAGCUGAGAAGGCUGCAGCUGAGAAGGCUGCAGCUGAGAAAGCUAAGAAAGCUGCACCGAAGAAUAUGACGUCUACUGAUGCGGCAUGGCAAGCUGUUCUAGCUGCGGCUGGUGUUACUGGCUCGCAACCUACUGACCUUGCAGCCCUAAUGGGUGGAAGUGGCGCGGCCGGGAUGGGAAUGGAUCCUGCUGCAUUACUUAAGUUUCUAAAUCCGCCUUCGACUCCAGCACCAAUUAUAACCACCCCGAAACCACGUAAAAUACCCAUUAGGCCUGACCCCAAAACAAGACGUGAAGUUAGGCAAAUUUUCCUUGACAAUAUGAAGCCCGGUGUUGAACCUCUUUCAAUCCUUAUAGGCCUGACACCAGAGAAACUCAUGCGUUCCGGAGUAAAUCCCGUUAUCGCAAAUAGCGCUGACUUGGCGCGAAUCGUACCUGCGACAGAGAGAGCCCUAGGAAUACAGAUUAAGAUGUUACCCACACCAGGCAUGCGUGGUAGUCAUCCCCGUGGCGCAGUUGGUCAUCCUUCCGCAAUGAGAGGCGGGGCUGGUUUAGGGGGACUGCCGCCCCCUACAAGUGGGAGUUCGCGGAGACAGUUUAUGAUCGAGCAACGAAUGAUGAAUGAAAUGAUGCAGUUAUUUGGCUUAGGACCAGAGCCCCUGGAACCAGGUGAUCCAGGCUAUCAGGGGCCCGGGCAGACCACAGGUGGACCUGGGGGUGCGGCUGCUGGACCCGGGGGUCCAGGCGGUCCAGGGGUCGGGCGUUCACGGG